GCCUCUCGCCCCACUUCUCUCUCUGCUCCCCGAAUGGCUGGUGGUUUCCUCUGCAGCCGCAGCCCGCGUGAAAAACUUCUAGCGAAGGAGCUGCUUUGAAGGCUGAAUGGAUCCAGAAGCCGGUACAUGGCUUGCCAGACAGCGCCUGCGGAGUGUAUUGCCCAAGCGCCCAGCGGCAACGGACACCAGUUUAAUCUUGAAACAGAAGGGCCUGCUGUGCCACCAAGCCCGCGCCGCGAUGCCGUUGUGCGGUGAAAUGUGUCUAGGAGGGAAUACUCGGCGUGUCAGUGCCGACAAUAUGAGGUGCGAGCAGCAGGGCUACGUGGAGCGAGCCUCGCACGGCGAUUGCUGCAGGAGUUCAAAAGGCAGAGUUCUGAGCAGAGCACUGCUGACAGAGAGGCAAGAAAGGUGGUGGCUUCUGCAGGCGACAAAGAGGUGCGACGGACACCAGAACUGCCACCCAAGUGGCGAGAAAGCAGCCUGGGAGCUCGGGGAGUGGGAAUCGGGUCUGAAUGAGCGCCACGGCAGUACGCCAGACCUCCUCUGCCAAAGGAGAGCCGGUGGAGAUGUGGGUGCACAAAGCGUGACGUUAGCCCUCGCCUCUGGCUGUUUUUUUUUUUUUUUCUUUUGUCUCUCAUCAUUGGACUCUGUCGUCUGCCCCUCUGGCCCCUAUCCUCCACUUCUACCAGCUAGACGACCCAACCGGGAUCACAUAGGAGGGGGGGGUUGGACCCCCUCCUGCGGUUCUGUAUGUUGGCGUGGCAACUUGCCUUCCUGGCCCGGAGAGAGGGAGCUGUACAAGUAGACGACACGCGUUAGAAGAAGUCGAACCAACGUGUGCGUGUCGACGUCACCACCACUCUACCCUCCUGCUCAGGCAGGACAGUGUUUGGUGAAGGACGACUACUGGUUUGCCGCCGACCCUCGUAAGUCAUGUUGUGUGUUGUGUGUCGUCUUUAUUUCUCUUGUGUUCUAUGUAGGCGCCGGCUUUGUACGAGUUCCCAGGUUAUUGAAGUAUGCGUUGCAUCCUUGAGCCCUUCAGCCAGGUUGGGCGCCUUACAACAGAUGCUGUCGUCCUUCACGCAACAAGAAACGUUCUUCCUUGUUGUGUGUUGCUGUUCUCUCUCUCUAGCUUUAAGUAUGUUUGGGGUCUCGCGUUGUCCCCAACGAGUGCCUACUGUAUCUCGCCGGGUCGGACCGGAGAGAGCGCAAGCCCGCAAGGUAUUGGUCCCCUAGUCCGUUAUUGCCACAACUAUCGGGUCAUGGGCUUACACACGCGCGACCGCGUUCUUGAAGGAUACCGUGUAGCUGAAGCCGAAAGUUUCCCUCGCUGCACCAGAAGGGCAUCGAUUGGUUUACAACUCGUUCCGACCCCAUGCCUUUUGAGUCCUCCAAACGACGGCCCUUCGUUACCGAGCUCGCCAUCGUUCGACGUCUCGCACCUUGUUGCCACUUUUCUGCGCUAUUGGCUGGCACUUCUUCGGCAGGUGGGGUCCUCUCGUCUGCAGCAAAGCACAGCAUAGUGUAAGGCCAUCAAGCAACACUACAGGGCAUGCCGUGAAACAUUUGCUCAACACAUCCGUCGAGCGAGCGACCAAAGUGGUAUUCUUUGCAGUGUGGUACACGGCUUCUCUUGUGUUCUGCUUUCUCCGUCCGUGAAGGCGGCGCGAUUCUAGUAGGUCGAAGACUUACCUGUUUGGUGGUGAUCUGACUGCUGUGACCCAUGGUGACGAUCGCCAAUGGUAUGUUGGCGGAGGCGUUGGGACGUAUUCGGCAGUACAUAGCAAACUUCACCGCGUGCGUUGACAAGUGAUGUUGGUGAAGAGAUUGCCGCGUACUGAUGACCGUCGUCGAAGCGAGGGACCAGGCACUAAGGCUGAAAGGCAUUGCGCAAGUCUUAGCCACGAGGAAUAAGCAUUGGGUGUUCGGCAAGGACGUUUAUAGCAUGACGCCUUCGGGAAUACAACGGCGUGCUCGCUUGUGAGUAGAACAACGAAUCCUCGCCAUAUCCCGUUCGAUCUCCGAUUGAUGUGCUGGACGUUCGCUGUCCCUGAAGAAGAACGGGCUUUGGCAAACGGGUGUCCCUGCUGGGUGCGCGGGCAUGUUGGUCACGGGUCAUCCGGAUUGAUUAUUACCAAUGUAGCCUGACGUGUGCGAUGCAUUCUGCACCGACGCGCAUAAUAGUUUGCGUGUGUCAGGCUCACCGAGAUAGUCGACGCGGCCGCUCAGUUCGAGCCCGUGGCAUUGCGGGCGGGCCUGCCUUCCACCUCUAUGACCUUCGUGAAAACAAUGUUCUACGUUCAUGGGAUACAUGGUCACACGCGCCAACUGGUAGUGUUCGUACUGCUCCUGGAGGUACGGAGCUCCGGCGUGUGUAGGUCGUAUUGUGGGGUUCGCUUUUAGGGGCUGGUUUGGCGACGUCUGCAACGGUUGUUGAGAGAGUGACGAUGAUUCACAAAGAAACGAACGUAUGCUUUGUGGAGGAGAGGAGUAAAACCUCUU